AUGCAACCACAUAAAAUAGAAAAAUUACUUAAGAAAAGAAAUCAUACUCAUAAGAAAAUUCAAAAACAGCAGCCUAAAAGAUCUACGACAAAUUGUAAUUUACAAUUAACAGCUCGAACAACUAAUCAAUCACAACCAACAACAACUACAACAAAUGUUUUUAAACGUAAACGAGAUAUAUCAUCACAACAAUUGUCUAAAACUACAAGUUCAAUAUCCAUCGUGCAGCCAUCGUCGAAAAAGAUGACUACUGAUAUCAAUAUGAAUAACAAUUAUCGAUGUCCUAUGUAUUUGACACGAACAUCAUCAAUACUUAAUCAAAUAUUAAAUAAAACAUUAAAUUAUACAUUGAAGAACAAAGAUGAAAAAAAAUUUCUUCAUAUGCAACUUGAAUUGUUAGAUCAACAAUAUUGUUUAGAAAAAGAUCAAGAAUUAUGGCAAUCAUAUUUAGAUAUUGGUCUACAACAAUGUGUAUGGCCAAAUAUCAAAAACCAAAUAAAUCAUUGUCAAUUUGAAUUAUCAAAAUAUUCUCAAACAUGUCCAAUCAGAGAAUUAUCAUUUGGUUUAAUUGAGCAACGUCUUAAAGAAUUAGUAGCUCGUGAACGAAACUAUUUAUCACAAAGAAACAAUGAUGAAUUGAUUAAAUUUAAAGAAGAUAUUCAUCAAACAGAAUUAUUUACACAAAUAUAUACAAAUUUACCUACAACUAAUAUACAAGAAGAUUACAUAGGUCAAUUAAUGACAAUACGAGAAAAACAAGCAGCAAUUUGGAAAGAAAAAUUAAUGUUAGAAAUACGUAUUCAUUGUAAAUUUUUACCACAAAAUCUCGAUCAUGUACAAAACUUCAUGGCACCUAUUAGUUACUUACCAUUGAAUAAUGAGCAAAAAAGUAUUGAAGUAAAAAAUAAACAUUAUAAAAUCAUACAAGAAGCAAAACGUACAUGGUUAAAUUAUCUUUUGCAUACUUAUGAAAUUAAAAUAACAGAAUAUGAACUACAAUAUCAAAAUGCAUAUAUAAAUUUAGAAUCAUAUGUAUUAACGAAUAUGACUACUACUAGUACAUCUGUUCUCAAUCAAGUUCAACAAUAUAUCAAUUGUCGAAUAUCAAAAUUAAAAAAUGAUAUCAAUAAUAAAAUGUCCUCUUUUCGAAAAAUAAUCCUACAAAAUCGUCAACGUUCAUCAUCAACAAAAGUUGUUAUUGGUGUAUGGCCUGAACCGUAUCUUGAUCUAAUUUCGAAUCCAUUUGAUACACGUCAAUGGAAUUAUCUUUCAUUAGGUCCAUCUUAUAUAAGAUUAAAUCAAAGUGCUAUUCGUCCUCAAGUUCAACAACAAGCUGCAAUUAAAGAUGAACAUGAAGAUAUUUGUAAAAAGGUUAAAAAUAAUCUUAUCAACAAACCUCAUUGUAUACCACGAUCAAAUCCAAUUUUUACAGAAUAUUCAGAUCAUCUUUUAAAUUAUCUUAAUCAAUGUUAUUCUUCUCCAUUACCAUAUAAAGUUCAAUUGCAAACUCUUGAACAAGCACAAAUUCUUGGAUCAAUUCGAAAAAUAAUUAAAAAUAUGGAUCUUAUAAUUCGUGUAACUGAUAAAGGUCAUAAUUUUUAUAUUGGUUCAAGUAUUGAUUUCGAAAAAAAAGCACAAAAAUUUUUCUCUGAUACAAAUGCAUUUGAUGAAAUAUCUUACAAUCCAUUCAAUGAAAUAUUUGAUAAAGUCAAACAAUUACUUAAUAAACUUUGUACAAAAAAACUCAUAUUAAAAUGGCAAUAUGAAGAAAUGAUGCCUGAUCGAUCAAAAUGUGAAUUAGCUCAUCUAUAUUUUAAUCCUAAAACACAUAAGGAUGAUAUACCAGUUCGUCCAAUUGAGAGUACAAUUUCUGCUUCAACAACAAAAAUCUCAAAAUGUUUAGAUAAAACGUUACGACCCCUAUUUCAAGACAAAUGCAAGGAUACAACCAUUAUUGAUGGUGCUCAUUUAAUUACUGAACUUAACAAAUAUAGUAAUAAAGGUCUUCUUAAAUCAACAACUCUUUUUUGUACAUUUGAUAUUCAUAAUUUAUAUACAAUGUUACCACAAGAAGAAUCAUUGGCAAUAUUAGUUGAAUUUCUUAAUGUACAUGGAUAUAAAAAAGUCAAAUGCAUUGAUCCUAUUACGAUAAAAGAAUUAGCUUCAAUUGUAUUACAAGAAAAUGCUUUUGCCUAUGAUAAAAAAAUCUAUAAACAAACGACUGGUGGUGCUAUGGGUUCAUCUUUUACAUUAACUUUAGCUAAUAUUUUUAUGUGGCAUUGGCAAAAGAGAUUAGUUGAUGAACAAAAUAAAACAGGUGAAUUUUAUGGCAGGUACAUCGAUGAUAUCUUUAUGACUUGGAAUAAAUCAGAACAAGAAUUAAAAGAUUUAUUAGAUCAAGCAAAUCAAUGGCAUCCAAAUAUCAAAUUAGAUUAUAAAAUAAGUCAUAGUUUACCAUUUCUCGAUGUACUUCUCGCAAACGAUUAUGGUACUUUAACAACAUCAGUUUAUCAUAAACCAGCAGCACAACCUUGUGUAGUACCAUUUACAUCCGAUCAUCCUCGACAUGUUUUUACUAAUAUUAUCAAAACUUCUCUUGCACGUGCUGUCAGAUAUUCAUCGACCUUUAAAGCAUUUCAUUAUGAACGACGUUAUAUUAAAUUAAUGCUACUAUAUAAUGGAUAUCCAUCAACAUUUAUCGAAAAUGAAUUUAAUAAAUGUUUCUUCGAAAAUCAAUCUACAUCGCCAUUUUUACCAUUUAUUUAUGAUGAAAAUCAAUUCUUAUUCAAGCGCCAAAAACUGUUAGGUAUACCAACAACUCGACAAUCACAAACAACAACCAGUGCUGCUACAGCUAACAUCAAUAACGACCAAACAGGUGAUGAAAUCAUGCAAGCAACAGUGCCAACGAAGAACACCGCAGCAGCAAUGACAAGUUACACAGAUAAACUAUUUAUUCACUAUACACAUGAAAAGCGUUUUCAAUCGUGUAAAAAAGAUAUGCAUCAAGUAUACGAAGAUAUCUUCAAAAACACACCAGCUAUUCAUGCUAAACUUAUUGUCGGUAAUAAAAAUCGUCGAAAUGCUCAAAAUGAACUAAUACGAAAAAAACCAAAUAAAAAACUACUACAAAACAUAACAAAAAAAAGUAAGUCUUCUCCAAACACAUAUCAGUUAAUGUAUGUAUAAUACUACCGAUCUACCCAUUGAAAUAAAUAUGAAAAAAACUCUUCUUUCUUUUAACGUUUAGGACCAUUCAUCAAAAACAAAAGUGAAUAAGCCAUCAGUUUCCAAGUCAAAAUCAAAAUCAAACUCAACCGAAUGCAAAUGUUAAGAAAGAAACAAUCUUGAACACGUCAAAUCAAAACUCAACCAAUACCAUUUCAAUACUGAAAAACUGAUUUUACUUCUAUAGACAUUUGUUCCCCAUCCACUCUCAUUCAAAAUCAAUGAAAUAAAUUAGUCACUACUUAACACAUAUAUAUAUAUUCUUCACAAUAAACUCUUAAUAUAAUUACUCUCUACUUCUAGACAAGAAAAUCUACUGAAAACAUUUAUACAAACAACAACAAAUCCAUCUGACUCAAAGGAAAUCUGGAUUAUGGUAGCUGUUCACACUACAGUAUACCGAUAUUAUCAUUAUAUAUUCAUUCAUUUGGAUGUAUAACAGAUAUAAUUCAUUCUUAUGAUUUUUAAUCAUUUAGAAUAUAUUGCCGUCUGAUGAUCGUCUUUGCCGACGUGAAAUCUGGAUUAUGGUAGCUGUUCACACCCACACCCACACCCACACCCACACCCACACCCACACCCUAUUUCUGAAUGGUUUUCUUUUCUAUUUUCCAAUAGAAUCGAUAAUUUCCACGACUUUCGUGCAUUAAUACCACGAAAAUAACAUUUUCUUUUCUUUUUUCUUUUUCUUCUGUUGUGCUUUGUAUCUAUGUUCCGUAAAAUUUGUCUUGAAUUUUCGAUUAUAUUCAUUGUGUGCUUUGUCUAUUGUAUGUGAUUGAACAAUAAAUCGAAACUCAAAACAUUUGAACAUGACUUAGAACUUCGGCGAAUCAAACUAAUCGAGGUAAGUAUACACUAUUUCUUUUUAUACCCGAUCAAAGCCAACUCAUCACUUCCACGCAGUAUCGGGUGUCAACGUCAAGGGGAGACGGCUAAGAUGAGCUCUGGUCUACAGUCCGUAGAUAGUCUUAAUAUCUGACAAUGCAAAUAAAAAAAACAAAUAUACAGCACAUGUGCAUCCUAAAAUAUGACAGAUACACAACACAUACUCAUGCCUAA